UUUCUAACUGCAAACCUUGAUUAGUUUAUAUGCCAAUAUUAUUUGUGACUUAUUGCGUUAGUCGUAUUCUUGCUCUACGUCCCUCGUGCGCGUGUUCCUGUAUCUCUCUCUUCAUUGAAGUUGCCCGAUAUUUCUGGCUGUGCCUGGAUCGUAGCACUUGGUGGAUCGUUUUAACAUAUUCCACCACGUUGGAGUUCAGCGUCUGUCCCAAGACCAUUUCUUGUUAUUGCAGUUUUGCUACCGUCCCGCAGGGCGUUACCAUUUUAUAUGACUUUAUUACCUAUAUGCAGAGGAAGCAGCUUUUCUGCAGAAAAUUCCCGCACCGGAACGCGUUUUCAAGAGUUUUCCCAAACAUAUGGUGCUACCCGGUACAGAGACAACAUUAUCCAGAGGAAAAUCUGGGAGUUUCCACAUAGCCCUAGAGCCAGUUCGUGGCCGAGACUCAAGGUGUAUGAUUUCAUCUAAGCGGCAGGAGCCUAUCAGUUAUAGGACAUCAAAAUUUUCCAGUAAUCGGCACCGGAAGUUACAACCGUUCAGAGAAACGUGACUAUCUAACGGUAUCAGCAUUACCAGCAUUAGAAUCAACAACGCUGUUUCAUCCAAGUUCUUGUUGCUGUUGUCUCUGUCUUUUUCGUCAUUGUCGCUAAGAUCAGUUGUGGAUCGCCUGCUGUUGCCAAGAUUCUUGUUGUCACCACUGGCACUGCCCGGUCAUUUGAACCUUCAUCUUCAAAAUGGGGAGUGUGAAUGUAAACCGCAGUGUGAGCGAUGCGUUCUACCGGUACAAGAUGCCUCGCCUCCGUGCCAAGGUUGAGGGCAAGGGUAAUGGCAUCAAGACUGUCAUCGUCAAUAUGAUAGAUGUCGCCAAAGCUAUAGGAAGACCUGCCACAUACCCAACAAAAUACUUUGGCUGUGAACUGGGAGCUCAGACCCAGUUUGAUUUCAAGAACGACCGCUUUAUUGUGAACGGUUCGCACGAUGCGACAAAGCUGCAAGACUUGCUUGAUGGUUUCAUUCGCAAGUUUGUGCUGUGCCCCGAGUGUGACAAUCCAGAAACCACGCUGACUGUAAGCCAGAAAAAGUCAACCAUCAACCAAGCAUGCAAGGCUUGUGGGUAUCAUGGACCACUUGAAUUCAACCAUAAACUCAACACUUUCAUAAUCAAGAACCCUCCAAAUUUGAAUCCGGCUGCCCAGGGAUCCUCUUUAACCGAGGGCAAGCGAGGUAAACGCUCAAAGAAGGCAAAUGGCGAAUCAAACGGAACUAAUGGGAAUGAAGAUGGUGGUCGCUCCUCUGAUAAUGACAGCAGCGAUCAGGUGGUUGAGGCUCCAGUGAAAUUGGCAGAUGAGAAUGAUGAUGAUGGAAACUGGGCAGUAGAAGUGUCGGAGGAAGCUGUCAGAGCUCGCCUGCAAGAGCUGACUGACGGGGCUAAGGGAAUGACCAUCAGCGAUGACCUUGAGAAGACCGAGAAGGAACGUAUGGACUUGCUAUAUGAAUUCAUCAAAACGAGACGUGAUGCCGGCCAUCUGCUGGAUAUCAAUGUUCACAAGGAGUUGGUUACUGAAGCUGAGCGUCUAGAGAUCAAGUCGAAAGCUCCACUUGUCUUGGCCGAGUUGCUUUUUGAUCAGAAUGUUCAUACGCAGCUGAAGAAAUACCGCAUCCUGUUUCUGCGUUUCACUCAUGAGGAUCUGAAAGCUCAGAAGUACUUGCUUGGUGGUAUUGAACAGGUGAUUGCUUUGCACAAGGACACCCUUCUGCCGAAAGUGCCUGGAAUCUUCAAGAUGUUCUACGAUGCUGAUAUUCUGGAGGAGAAGGUUCUGCUCGAGUGGGCAGGGAAAGUUAGUAAGAAGUACGUGAGCCGAGAGCUGAGCCAGGAGAUCCACGCCAAGGCAGAACCUUUCAUCAAGUGGCUGAAGGAGGCAGAAGAGGAAGAUGACAGUGACAGUAAAGAUGAAGAUGACGAUGAUGAUCUGGAGUUGUCGCUCUUGCUCUCCAGAUUGAAUAUGAUGACCGUGCUAAAGCAUCGCCGUUGAAAGAACAACCAAAGCAGAUUACUAACAAAAAGCCUGUCGUUGAUCGUGACGAGGGAGAAGACGACUUGGACAUCGAUGCUAUUUAAUCACCAGCAUCACACUUUUGCAGCAAGGUUAAUGAUAUUUAUAGUCACAUUGCCUGAUUGAUUUGGUCAUAGCUUGUGCAAGAUGGAAAUGAGAAGGCUAUAUAUAUAUAUAACAUUUUGGAAUAAAUUUGGUUAUUACUUAACACAUGUUUGAUUCAGUAUUUCAGCACAGAAGAUUGCAAUUCUACUUGUGAGUGGAACGUAUUUUAAGCCAAUAUCACAGACACAUUACGUGGUACAGAAUGGUAAUAAUGGUAGCACAUAGAGAGAGCGUCGCUUCUCGUGUCCUUCUUGCAAUACGGUGAUAUUUAAUUCUUCCGAUUGAUUUUUUGUCUCUCAAUUAUGAAUACACUCUCUGCCACUUGUCCCAUUUUUUUUCUUAGUUGUGUUACCGAAAGGAAAUAUUCAUUGCUGGUCCCAUUGCAGCGCCCUAGUAUGUAACGAAGUGUGUGAAUGAAAGAUGUGAUGUAGAUUUCUUUGGAUUGGCUGGUUUAGGAAGGCGUAUUUUUAAUGUGCAGAGUCUUGAUUCUUUAAUGGCAUUGCUUGUACAAAAGAUAAUUAGACAACUUGGUAGGCCUGGAACAUGAAAAGAAGACUGAUUUUUUUGUUUGCUUAGAAAUUGGGGUGUAGUUAUAAGACAUACAAAAUAAUGGCCGUUAUAUAACUUUUCUUGCAUAUAUAUAUCGAAAGAACAUCACUGAAUUAGAAGUCACGGGUUUAACUCGAGGGUUUACAGCCAAAGUAUUCAUUGCGCAUCCUUUUGAUGUUUGACAUUAAUACGACCUUUCAAAGAAUUCAGUAUACUGGUGUACCAUUGUGUAUAUUCACCGAGUUAACGCAGGAAAUUGUUUAUAUACUGUAUCAAUGAUGUAUCGUUGUAGUGCCAUGUAUUCAUGCAUAGCCCAUAGUUUUAUAAAUUGUUGAGACAUUGAAAUUUGAAUAUAAUUGGGCUGUACAAGAAGGAGGGGGUGAGGCUUUUUGGGGGGCUUGAUUUGAUGGCAUUACUGGAGUGUUUCAUCUGUUUAAAUGUUUUUGUCAUUAUUGUAUAUGAAUUUGUGGGAAAUGUUUGUGAAGAUACUUGAUAUACUCAUAAAGCAGGCAGAAAACUUUUUUUUACUAUACCUAAUAUGUGUUAGUAGAAUUAAUGGUUAUUUCCAUAAAACUUGCAUAGCCCUUUUAUGAGUCAAAGUGUUGAAAUAUUUUUCUUCUUCAAUAAAGUUGACUGCAUAUAAACAAUUUUCUGUUCGUAGCUUCAAAUUAUGUCUGGAUGUUACUACUUGCGUAGGGUUACGUCACUCGGAAAAGUGCGCGCUGUAGCGUACUUUCACGAGUUCGUGAAUGCCCAGCGAUAAAAACGUAGGAAUGAGUUGAAACAUUCAGUUCUGCAUGCUGUGUCUUUGCUUCAUACAUUUGGCCAGGGUCGUCGUUGCUACAUUCUUCUUUUUAUAUUUUAAGCUGUGCAGUUUUACCUGAGCUGUGUAAUCUCAUGAAGCUUGAUUAUGUAUAAAUAUGACUUUAAAAAGGUGAAAGUACCGAAUAUUUCAGCAGUCUUUGUAAUAAGGGUUGUUUGUUAGAAUAUAUUUAUGGAUAAAAAGUUGAUCAUGCUUGCAGCUUUCGUUGUUUGCGUUCCAUCAUAUUACGCAUUUUCUGCAGACUCUUCACACAAUUGUAAUGGGCUUGCAUUGAUUACAUUGUAACUAUUUUGAAUGUAAAUUUUAAUUGUUACCUUUAAAUCUUAUUAAAAUGUUUAGUUAAGCAAGGUCUGUACUUGCAGCUUUAGUGAAUAAAUGAUUUAUGAAUUCUACAGA